AUGAUGUUUAUAUUAUUCAUUAUAUUUCUUAUCCAUAAAAGUCAAUCAUUAGAAUGGAAUUGUACUGAAAUAAAACAUUAUCUUUUUUCGAAUGAUCAAAUAUAUGAACAGUGUACAAUAACAAUUGAAUAUAUAUCAUCUGAACAACAACAACAAAAACAAAUAUGUAUAACACAUAGUUUAUCAAUAAAAACACUUCCAUCAAUAUCAUUUUUAUCAAAUUAUAAAAUGCAUACAUUUAAAAUAAAUUCAUGUCAAUUAUUAACAUUAAAUCAAUUACCAUUUUUAUUACCAUCAUCAGUUGAAUAUCUUGAUUUAAGUUAUAAUUUAUUAACAACAUUUACUUUAUCAUUUCCAUUACCAUUAUAUCUUAAAUAUUUACGUCUUGAUAAUAAUCCAAAUUUAAUUAAUAUUAAUUUUGGUCAUAAUCAUAUACAAGAACAAUUAAUUGGUCUUAGUCUUCGUCAUAAUAAACAUAUAAAAUUAACAUCAUUACCAUUAUAUUUACAACAACUUGAUUUAACUAAUUGUAAUUUAUUACAAUCAUCAUCAAUAUUAUUAUUAUUAAAAACAUUAACAAAAUUAACUCAUUUAUCAUUAGCUAAUAAUCAAUUAAAACAAUUACCUAUAUUUAAUAAUAAUAUACAACUUGAAUAUCUUAAUUUAUCAAAUAAUUAUUUAACAUUUAUUAAUAAUGAAUGGUUACAUAAAUCAUUAAAAAUAUUUGAUCUUAAAUUUAAUCAAAUAGAAUCACUUGAAUUUUUUCAUGAAUUAUUAAAAAUAAAUCGAACAUUAAAAGACUAUAAUUAUAAUCAAGUAAGUAUGAAUAUUUAUUAA